AUGAAUUAAUCUAGACUAUCAGGACCUUAAAGAAAAGAAUUCAUUCUUUAAGUUGGAAAUAAAAAAAUACCUUUAUUAAAUAAGCUUACUAUUAUCGGCAGAAAUCCAGGAGCAACUAUUUUUAUAGAUGAUGUCUCUUUGGCAAAAGAGCAUGCUAAUAUUCAGCUAAAUGAUUAAUUUGACUAACCAGUUUUGAUUGAUAAAGGAUCGGUGAAUGGUUGUACUGUGAACGGAAAGAAACUAUCAAAAAAUAGUGAAUAGAAGCUUAAAAACAAUGAUACUAUUAAGUUCGGAAAUCACUAGCAUCUUACAUAUGCAUAAAUUGAUCAUUUGACUGGCCAGCCAUUCCCAUAGCCUAGUGACUAAUUGAGAUAAUCUAAAAAUCCCUUUGAAUACAAUUAUGUCCCAGCAUAUGCAGCAUCACUUGAAGAAUUUGAAACUCCAUCUCCAAGGAAGAGCAAUUAAAAUAUGAUGAAUACCAUGCAGUCUAUGAAUAAUAAUCAUAAUUAACACAACUUCAACAAUCAAAAAAAUCAGAACAACUAAAAUAACAGUUAAUUCAACCCCAACUAAUAAUAAAAUUAAUCUAUUGAAGAGAGACUUAGACAAUCAGAAGGGAAUAUUUAAGCACUAAUUGAAAAAGAGAGGAAAUUGCUGGAGGAAAAAGUUGCCUAGUCUAUGCUAAGAGAAGAUGAUAUAGAUAGGCUACAAACUAAUAAUAUGAAGCAAGUUUAGCAGCUAGAAUAGCAAAGUAACUCUAUUAGAAAUAAAAAUGAAAAAUUAUAAAGAGUUUUGGUUGAAAAAGAAGCGACUAUUUUAGAGCUCUAAACUUAAAAUGCUAAACUUACUAAUGAACUAAAAAAUACAAUACAAACAAAAGAUUUAAAUGAGGCCAAAUUAAAGGCACUUGAAUAGUAUACUACUGAUCUCUAAAUAAAGUACGAUUAGUCGUAGAAUAGCAAUAGUGAGAAGGCAUAAGCUCUAAAUGAAUUGAUUUAAAAUGAUUUACCUGCCAGAUUAGUUGAAUAUAAAAGGCACAUCUAAGAACUAAGAAUGACACUAGAUUCUAAAGAAAGAGAAAAAGAGUAGUUCUUGCAGAACUUUGAGCUCGGAUCCUCUGAAUAUUACUCAAAAUCACUGCUUGAAAAAUAGGCAUCAGAUUUGAUAAAUUUACAAAGAACUAUUGAAGAAUAUGAAAGAAGGUAGCAACUAUGCGAAAAAAAAUGGGCAGACUUGCUAAAAGAGAAUUAGCUUAAUUUGGAAUAGUCCUAAACUUGUAAAGAAUAAUUAGAGAAAUAAAGAGAAUCAUACAACAGACUUCUAACAAUGACUGAGAGAAGGGUUAUUUAAGCUAAUAAUGCUGUUGCCUUAGCUUAUUCUGAGCAAGGAGAUGAGGAAAAGAGAGUUGCUGCAGAAUUCUUAUCUAAUUAGAUCUACCAGCUUUAUGAGGAAAGAAGGUAAUUACUAUCUGAAAAAGACUAAUUUAUCAUUCAAAACAAUGAACUUCAAAGAUUGAAUGUUGCACUAAGAGUAGAACUUGAAAAAUAUAAGACCUAUAUUGCAGAGGACUUUAGUGGCCAUACUGGGCAAUUAAUUUGCAGAGUUGAGGAAUUGCAAGACUUACUCAUUUAACAGAAGCAAAUGACUGAUGUUUCUAUAAUAGUAGAUUCUCAUGCUUAGAUUAGAGCUCUAAAUGUAGAGCUUGCUAAGAAAACCAAACUUAUCGAUGAUCUGAAGAGCAAGGUAUAGCAUUUCAAUAGCAAAAGAAAUGCUAAAGAUUUAAAGCAAGAUGAAGAUGUUGUAGAAUACUUAGUAAAUAUUGUUAAAGAAAGAGAAAAAGCAAUAGAAGAAUUACAAUUUAGAAUCACUCAAAUGGUUGUAAGAUUCAAUUUGCAUUUUAUAUUUUAAUAGUAAAGAGAGCAAGAUUUUAAGGAGAAGAUUGAAAGGUAUGAAUUUAUUCUAGACGAGGGAGACUCUUAAAAUCCAAUUUAUCAGUAAAAAAGAAAUGAUUGCAAAAAGCCUUUUGGAAUAAAAUAAGUUAACUGGGAAUUUGAAUAUAAACGAACAAAAAGAGAAAUCUGA